UACCAUGCGUUUCAUAGCUGUUAUCUUCCUGCUUUUAUGCGUGGUUUUUGCCAAGGAAACGGUGAACGAUGCUGCAAGGUUAGCGAGGCAACUCGUGAGCCAGUCGCCAGAUGCCAUUGGUUACAUGGCUACAACUUACCCCGAUGACCACGACACGCUGCCAGGACAGCCGUUCUCUCUCCAAGAGUACUUUGGCGAUUGUCAUACGAACGGGUCGCUGACCCUCUUGUUCAUGCCGAUAUCCCGCCACAGCCAGAACAUUCUCCAUUCGCCGACGCACGCAGCCUCAAUCUCCAUAGGGCCCGAGCACCCGGCGGCAAGCCGGGCGCGCGUCGCGCUCAUUGGCAAUGUCACCAUCUUCACAGACCUACAUUCGGCGCCCGAGCGCGAGCGGAUCGAGGCCUGCUACGUUGCGCAACAUCCGGACGCGCGGCACUGGCUGCCUGGUCCGCACGAGCCGCACAUCGCGUACUGGGCGCGCUUCGACCCGCAGAGCAUCUACUUCGUCGGGGGCUUCGGAAGCUCGCAUUUCAUAGGUUACAUUCCGCUCGAAAUGUAUCAGAGCGCUGUACUGCCGCCGGAACAAGGCGUCGCUGGUCGAAUUUUGGUCAGCCAGGCUAACAACCUGUAGUCCCAGGAUCUGGGCUGCAUUAUACUAUUUUCAAUGCUGCAAUCACGAAAUAAUGCGGCGCAGCCAUCUAUGAACAUAGGUUACCCAUAAGAAUACCGUGUCGACAGGAACAAAAAGUCCGCGGCUCCGCGAUAGUGUACACGCAUGAUGAAAUACACUUCUCUACAAUGA